AUGGCAACACAAACACUACUUCCUCCUUCUCCUCCUGAGUUCUCAGCCUUAACCAACCUAGACUUGAAAAAACUCCUCAUCAACUUCCUCCACAACAACACCCUCAUCUUCUUCAUCCUCCUUCCUCUUACUUCCAUCCUCACUCAAUCCACUCAAACCAUAAACCUCCUCCUUUCCAUCCCUACCACCCACCUUCUCUCCCUUCUCUCCCUUCUCCUCCUCUUCCCCAUCCUCUACUUCAAAUCCCUCCCUUCACCCGUCUACAUCCUUGACUUCGCCUGCUUCAAACCCCCAAUCACCUGCCGCAUCCCCCACUCCUCAUUCCUCGAACACAGCCGUCUUCUCAUCGAGGAAAAAAGCGUACGCUUCCAAAUGCGCAUUCUUGAACGCUCCGGCAUUGGCGAAGAAACCGGUCUCCCUCCACCUUCUCACUACCUCCCUCCCAAAGCCUCCCUUGAAGGCUCCCGCGCUGAAUCCGAACAAGUCAUCUUCUCUUGCAUCGACGAACUACUCAUCACUAAAUCUUUCAACCCUAAAAACAUCGACAUCCUCAUUGUCAACUGCAACAGCUUCUCUCCUACCCCUUCCCUCACUUCCAUGAUCGUCAACAAGUACAAGCUCAACACCAGUGUCCUCACCUUCAACCUCUCCGGCAUGGGCUGCAGUGCUAGCCCUAUCUCUCUCGGCCUUGCUAAAGAUCUCCUUCAAACUUACCCUAACUCCAAUGCACUCAUCAUCUCUACCGAGAUCAUUGUUUCUCCAAACUGGUACAUGGGCUCUGAACGUUCAAUGCUUAUAUCUAACUGUUUGUUUCGCAUGGGUGGAGCUGCCAUUCUGCUGACAAACCGAAGAUCGGAGCGCUGGCAUGCCAAGUACCAGCUCCACCACGUCGUGCGCACACACACCGGUGCCGAUGACAAAGCCUACAGGUGUCUCUACCAAGUAGAAGACUCACAAGGAAAACAAGGCAUUUCUUUAUCGAAAGAAGUCAUGCCUAUCUCCGCCGAAGCUCUCCAGAUCAACCUUAGUAAUUUGGGGCCAUUAGUCUUGCCCCUGUCUGAACAACUUCAUUAUAUAUUUAGCGUCCUUGGUCAAAAGAUCAUAAACCCUAAAUGGAAAAUUUAUAUGCCGGACUUCAAGAAGGCGUUUGAUCACUUUUGCGUGCAUGCGGGUGGCAGGGCGGUGAUCGAUGAGGUGGAGAAGAACUUGAAGCUUACGCCGGAGCAAGUGGAGGCUUCUAGGAUGACACUGUAUAGAUUUGGUAACACUUCUAGUAGUUCUAUUUGGUAUGAACUUGGCUAUAUGGAAGCUAAGGGGAAGAUGAAGAAAGGUGACAGAGUGUGGCAGUUGGGGCUUGGGAGUGGAUUCAAGUGUAACAGUGCAGUGUUGGAAUGCUUGAACACUGUUAGUUUGCCAGUCAAGACGGGUGCAUGGGCUGAUUGCAUUGAUAGGUUUCCAGUUAAAAUCCCAGAGAUUAUCAAGUUCUGAGGAGAUUGAUGAUGUUGAUGGUUAAGGUUUCAAACUUCUGUGUCUCUCGUGUUAUAUCUGUGUCUCUCUUCUUAUACUUGUUUUAAAACCUUUUCUGUGCUUUGUUUGAUCGUAAUUGUGAAAUAAUAUAUAUGUACCAUGUGAUACGAUACGAAAGAAAUUAAGUGUAUGUAUUCAAGUUGUGAUUAAU